AUGGCGGCCAUGAAGGUGGUGCGGAACCUGGACCUGGAGCGGUACAUGGGCCGGUGGUACGAGAUCGCGUGCUUCCCGUCCCGGUUCCAGCCCAAGGACGGCGCCAACACGCGCGCCACCUACACGCUCGGCCCCGACGGCGCCGUCAGGGUGCUGAACGAGACCUGGACCGACGGCCGCCGGGGCCACAUCGAGGGCACCGCCUUCCGCGCCGACGACGCCGGCGACGAGGCCAAGCUCAGGGUCAGGUUCUACGUGCCCCCCUUCCUCCCCGUCUUCCCCGUCACCGGCGACUACUGGGUGCUCCACGUCGACGACGCCUACCAGGUCGCGCUCGUCGGCCAGCCCUCCCGGAACUACCUCUGGAUCUUGUGCAGGCAGCCGCAGAUGGACGAGGGCGUGUACGAGGAGCUGGUGGAGAGGGCCAAGGGGGAAGGGUACGACGUGAGCAAGCUCCGGAGGACGCCGCACCCGGAGCCGACGCCGGAGAGCCAGGACGCCCCCAAGGACGGCGGCCUGUGGUGGAUCAAAUCCCUCUUUGGAAAGUAA